AUGAUCUCUGAAAGCGGAAGUGGGUGUUGAGUGUUUAACAGUAGUGUGGAACUAUGUCCCUACCUAGUUGUUAAUUAACUUCACUGUCGAUGGUAAUCUCACCAAACAAGUUGGUAGGAGCUGAAACACUAGCGAAAGCAGGAGCACCACCUGGCACGGCAAGCAACGUCAACCUAGCUAGUGUCUACUGCCAAAAUGCUGUCCGAAGGAGGCUCUUUCAUGAAGGGGAUGGUCAUGGGAGGCCUCUUCUGCUUGGUGCUGUCACUCCUGGGUAGUUUCAGCCCCGGCACGGAGUCCAAGACCAAUGAUCAUCAUCAUCAUCACGUCAAGGCCCCGAGUAAAGAUGAGCUGACACACUUCUCUGAUGGUGAGGUGCAGGAGUUGACCAAUCAAGUUCGGGUCUCUUGCAUCAUCAUGGUCAAGCCAAAGAUCAUUGUUUAUUGGGCCACUGCUGUCGACACCUGGAGCAAACACUGUGACAAGGCUGUGUUUUACACCUCUGAGUCCUCUAAGGUGUUCGAGGCGAUAGACCUGAAUGAAAAAGAUGACUGGGCGAGGUUACGUAAAGCUCUGAAGCAUGCUUAUGAGAACGCCGGAGACCUGCGCUGGUUCUUUGUGGCACAACCCACCACGUUUGCCAUCAUCGAGAACCUCAAAUACCUGCUGCUCACAAAGGAUCCCAGCGAGCCCUUCUACCUGGGCAAUGCCAUGAAGUCAGGGGAGCUUGAGUAUGUGACGUAUGAUAGUGGCAUUGUUCUGAGCUAUGAAGCGCUGAAAAGGCUAGUGCAUGUGUUACAGGAUGAAGACAAAUGUCCAGAAAGAGGACGUGCCCUGUGGAAGCUGAGUGAGGACAAGCAGCUGGCCGUGUGUCUCAAAUAUACAGGCGUCUUCGCAGAGAACGGAGAAGAUUCACAAGGAAAGGGCCUGUUCAACAGCAAGAGUGUGGACAGCCUGAUAACAGACAGCAUGAAGGACAACCCCACUAAUGUUGUGGAGGGCUGCUGCUCCGACAUGGCAGUCACAUUCAGUGGGAUGUCACCGAAUCAAAUGCAGGUUAUGAUGUAUGGAGUUUACAGACUUCGUCCUUUCGGCCACGAUUUUCAUGACUCGUUAGUAUUUUACCCUCCUGAAGGUUCGGACAAUGACUAGAGGCUCAUUCCUUCAAGCUGGAUGUGGCAUUUUAAAUGUUUUGCUAACUUUGGGGAGAUGGUUUUCUUAUGUUGUUUGUAAAACUGGAUCCUUUUGCACUUGGCACAAUCAACACCCCAUUACAUUGCGAUGUAGGUAAACGGAGUCGAUGGGUGUGCCAUUCUUUUGAUAAAGCUGAGAAAUAUAUCAAACGUGUGACAUGAGACAUGAGAAGAUUAUCUGGAAGUUUUGGUUAUUGUAAUAUUGUUAUGUAUCUUAAAUGUUUGUCUUUUUGUGGUGUUAAAGAUGCAGUAGUUGUUAGAUGAUACUAUUUUCUGAAAAUGAAGUUUCUGAAAUAAUUUAACUGAUCAAAGUGCUGGGCCAUCACAACAUCAUGAACAACUUCUUUUUUAUCUCUGAGAAUACAUCACCCAACUGAUUUAAAGAUUGUAUGAAAGCACCACUAAUCAAUAUUGAGUCAAACGUAUUAUGGCUCAGCUCAAAAUCAACUGCAUUCCUUGCCAUAUUAUGCUUGGUUAUUGCAGGCAUGAAGAACUGGCCUUCACAGCUAAAUGGAAAAUAAUAUACCUCAAUGUUGACUUAUGGUAGUAUAUUUCUUUUGUCACACAUUUAAAAAAGACAACAAAAACGUUUUUCAUCAUUUUAAAAACAUAUGGGUGUCAGACUGACCGGACGACUCCUUUCUUCUUCUUUUUUUUAAGUGACAUUUGGAUAAAGUAAAUAAAAUGAUUUCUCAUUAAACUUAAUGUUGUUUUGUGGUGUUGAAUGAUCCAAUGAGGUCUGUUGAAAGGUGGGAAUGAGGAUCAAAGUGUGUCUGUAUGUAAGUCUUACAGAAGAGUGUUUGCAGCUUUGUAAAGCAUAUUGUGAAUGAUUCUUGGUAAAGGGAAAUAUUUGUACAGCUAAAGGAUUGUUUGAUGAACAAGAUGAAGAAUAUUUAUAUAGAACAAGAUGAAGAAUAUUUAUAUAGAACUGAAUGUAUUCUGCUGCAAACAAACUAUGGCCACCAUUUUAUAAUCUGCCUUGAUUAUUGGGAACACUGGUGACUACUAUGUUGUUGUAUCUGAACACAAUGUAUGUUUUGCUGCUGUCAGGUAAGAAAAUAAAAUAUUGUAGCUCUG